AUUAUCUGCAUCGGGGCAGACGUCCUCAGAAUCGGCUUUAGUUUUUCAGAUUUUAAGUACCAGUCUGUCAAGGCCCGUCGACGUCGCAACAUCAUAUCUCGUCAUAAUGUGGCUGCUGUUGCCUAUUCUUCUAUAUUCGGUGGUAUUUCUCUCCGUUCGGCACAUUUACAGCCACUGGCGGCGCAGGGGAUUCCCCUCGGAAAAGGCCGGGAUCACUUGGAGUUUCCUUCGUAAGGCAUAUAGAAGGGAAUUCCGACACGUGGAGGCCAUCUGCGAGGCCUACCAGUCGGGCAAAGAUCGUCUGCUGGGCAUCUACUGCUUCUUCAGGCCCGUUCUUCUAGUGCGAAAUGUGGAGCUGGCCCAGACGAUUCUGCAGCAAUCGAAUGGACACUUCAACGAACUCAAAUGGGACUAUGUGAAAGGUUAUCGCCGCUUCAAUCUUCUAGAGAAACUGGCACCCAUGUUCAGUACGAAUCGAUUGACGGAAAUGUUCGGGCAGGUCCAAAAAGUGGGUGAUCAUCUGAUUCACCAUCUGUUGGAUCAGGAACAAAUUCAGGGAGGUCUGUUGGAAGUCGAUCUUCAGCAACAAAUGAGAGUUUAUUCAAUCAACAUCAUUGGCAAUCUCAUUUACGGCUUGGAUGUCAACAACUUUGAGCAAAGGGAUCAUAUUCUGACCAGCUACCUGAGCCACAGACAGACCUCUAUUCAAUCCUUCACUUUGGGUCGCCUGCCCCAGAAAUCUUCGUUUACCUACCGCUUAAGGGAUCUCAUUAAACAAAGUGUUGAAUUACGUGAAGAUCAUGGACUGAUACGAAAGGAUAUUCUACAAUUACUAGUCAGAUUUAGAAAUGGCAAUGAAGUUGGUGGCGAAAAAUGGCAGCUAGAUACGAAUAAUGAUCCAGACAAACUUUUGUCCAUCAAACGCUUGGCCAAAGUAGCUGAGGACUUUUUAAAAGUAUCCCUAGAUGCAAUGGCUUCAACAAUCACCUUUACACUCCUGGAAAUCCUGCAAGAGCCCUUAAUAGUGGAGAAACUUCAAGCGGAAAUAAAGGAACUGAGCAAUGAAGAUGGACAGCUAAAGUUUGAAGAGCUAGAUGGUCUUAAAUAUAUGGAAAUGUGUCUGAAAGAAACUGUUCGCAAGCAUCCACCUUUACCCAUUAUUGAACGCAUUUGCCGCAAAAGUUAUUCACUGCCAAAUUCCAAAUUCACCAUAGAUGAGGGCAAGACUUUAAUGGUUCCUUUGCUGGCCAUACACAGAGAUGAGAAGUAUUUCAGUGAACCCAUGAAAUACAAGCCACUACGAUUUCUGCAAUCUGGAGGUGAUGUGGGUCAAUGCAAGGAUAAAACCAAGAGCAAUGCUUUUAUAGGGUUCGGAAUUGGAGGAGUUCAGUGUGUGGGGCAGAACUUUGCCAAGCUGGUAAUUAAAGUGGCCCUGAUCAAACUUCUGCAAAACUUUCAUUUGGAAUUGGAUCCCAACCUGGUGAAAACCCUCGAAGUUUCCCAUCAACCAGCUCCCUUUAUACACACAAAGGAUGGACUAAAAGUCAAGUUGAAGAGACGCGAAAUAAAACCGAAAUUUUAUCGCUAAACUUAGUUAGGUUAGGUGUACUCUUUAAGCUGUCAAGUUCUUUAAUUUGUGCAUCUUUUUCAACACUUUGUCGUCUGUUCGCGACACCUGAAAUUAUGCUAUAAAUAAAAUUCAGUAUAUU